UAGAAACCCCGAGGUGAGCAUAAAAUAUUAAAAUCCCAGACGAGAAACCUAGGAUUAAAGAAAAAAGGGAAAAAGUAGCAGAGGCACAAAGAGAGAUGAAACAAAGAUGGGGGGAGGAAUGGAGGCAAACAAAAACAGGUUCAUAGAAGAUUGGAGCACUAAAAGAGAGAAUCUGGAGGUCAACUUCCGCUGGACUCGCCGCAACUUAGCUCUCGUUGGCAUAUUUGGCAUCGCCAUCCCCGUCCUUAUCUACAAGGGCAUUGUUCGUGAAUUUCAUUUGCAGGAUGAAGAUGCAGGUAGGCCAUACAGGAAGUUUCUGUGAGUUUUUCACUGCGAUGCUUGAUAAUAAAGAUCAAUGAGUAAAACUAGGUUUUCUAUGGGACUAUAUAUUGUGUUGUUUACCCGGUUUCAAAAUUUCUGUCUUUUUGUUCAUCUUGACCAUAUCUUGUGUUUUUUCUUGUAUGUUUCUUGUGUACAUUUUCAAUGUUUAAAUUAUGCUUUAUUUAAGAUUAAAUGUUUGGGAUAUUGUUCACUUCAUAAUUAAACGUGGAAUAAACAUUAUCGAUUUUUAACAAUUUUGAAACACACGACAUUUACUUGAAAAAAAGUGACAGAUGAAACUUAUGUGGCAUUUAUGUAAUAUCACCAAACUCUUUCUCUCUCUUUUGAAGGGAUUUCCCUCUUUGGUUUUCUCCUUUCUUAGUUUCCUCACCAAAAAUCUUGCUUCCAUAUCAGUUGCAUAUCAGUCCUUGUCGUUAUUGUUGCUAAGACCACUGAAAAGCUGACCACUUUCUUUUUUUUUUUUUCCUCUCAUUUCUGUUUGAAUCCACAAUGUGCCUCUCUUGUCCUUAAAAUGUUUGAAUCCUCCAUUUCGUUCUGGGAAAUCAUGAAAAAAACAAUGCUAUAAAUCUGGAUCGCUACUAUCAGACCUUGACCCCUUCUUGUUUGGUCCACACAUGCUUAAUCUUUUCAAUAAAACUGCUCUGCUUGUGAAAAAGGUCCAUUUGGUCCAUGUAUGCCUAAUCUUUUCAAUAAAACUGCUCUGUUUGUGAAAAAGGGUUGGAUUUCAAAGACAGGAGUUAGGUAAGAGAGUUGCUUUUGCUUAAGCUGAUUUUUCUUUCCUAGCUUUUGAUAGAAACAAAGACAAACGGAGAAUCAUUCUUAUAGUUCCAAUAUCUUGAAGGCUUCAAUGGUUGAAAAUUUCUGAUUUUUGUAGUUUUCAAUACAAUAGCAAAAAAGAAAAAAAAAUGUGAUUUAUUUUUAUUAGGUUACAGAUUAUAAAAUCAAUUUAGGAUAUGUUAAAUUUUUUAAGAAAUCGUAUUUUUCCAUUUGAAGUAAGAUGAUUGUAAAUGAAAUGUAUGAUUUUUGGUUUGUGGACUGGCUGUAUCUACUGUAAUUGAUUGGUUAUGAAUUCUAAAAUUUUUGUAUCAUAGAAACAAAUAAAAUUCUUGUAUCAUUUUUGUUUGUUUUUCAUAAAUUAGUUAGUUCUGGGAUUUAGGUUUUAAAAAUUGGGAUUAUUUUUUCUUCAAAAUUGCCAUAUCAGCCACAAAACAUUGCCAUGUUAGCCAAGAAUUGCAUGUUUAGAUGUCACAUAAGUAAAAAUGACACGUGAAAAAAAAUAAUUCAAUUUAUCACGUGAGUUAACGGUAUAGUAUUUCACUCUUUUAAUUUUGUUAGAAAGAGUUUUUUUUUAUUAUACUUGAAAAUUUUUGGUCUGGAUUUAAUUUAAAUUAAAUACUAUAUCCUUAAUUGAGAAUUAACUAAAUGUUAAAUCCUACAAUUAGCAUUUAGCUUUUUCAUUAGAAUAUUUACAAGCUUACAUAGUGUGGGCUUUCUGGUGCAGUUUUUGAUCUAUUGUUUGUUUAGAAAGUUGAAUAUGUAGAUGAUGUGCUUCCAAAUUUUGGAAGCUUGGGAAACAUUUUGGUUACUUAAGGUUAUGUGAAAAGAAAAGCCUUAGGAAACACAAAAGCCAAAUUGAAUUGUUAUUUUUAUAGAGGUGGUAAUUGGAUGGAUUGAUUUGUGUUUAGUUCUGGUUCAAAAGUUGAAAUUUGGGUUCGGUUCAUUUAUAAUUUGGUUAAGAUAAUGUUAAAAUUAAAUUGGUAUAGAUUCUUUUUUUUUUUAAAUAAUAAUAAUUCAAUGAGUUCAAGUAAUUUCUUAUGUUAAUUAUAUUGAUUAUGUUUAAUUAAAUUAAAAUUCAUAAAAAGGAAAAUAAAAAAGUAUUAUGCUAAACUUAAGCUUCUAGCUUAGAUUAAAAUUAGGGUUCGAGUCAAAUUGAUCUAGAAUCUUGAUAUAUUGGGUUUGGGUAGGGUAUACGGUUGAGUGAAUCUUUUUAAGUUUAAAUAGGCUUUACUUUCAGCUCUAUAGGGUUAUAUGUCUUGACUAGGUUAAAUUUUGAAAUUUAUGUUAUUAAAUAUUUGAAGUAGCUAUGGCAAAAAAAAAAAAAAAAAUGUUAAAUGUAGCUGGAAAUGUUAAAUUUGCUGAGUAAGUUAUUAAAUAGCUACUGAAAUAGACGGAAUC